AUGGUCCUGGGGUAUCCAUGGUCCCUGAAGCUUUCUGGAAUAGGAGGAGGGUUAGAAGGCGGCGAUGAUGGUGGUGAUGAUGACAACAAUGGCGACGCUGGAGACGUUGGGGGUGUUGAAGAUAGUGGUGAUGUUGGCGAUGCUGGCGAUGCUGCUGAUGCUGGAGAUGUUGGUAUAGCCAACCUAGGAACAACAUUGGGAAUAAUGGUAGGAUCAACCCUUAUUUCGCGUGUCGUGGUUAUACUUUCUUUGCGCGUAAAUGUUUCUAGAAUACGUUUGAAUCCUUGUCGAGCGCGUUCUGAGGGUGAUCUAAGCGGAGGCGAGGCCCCUGCUGUUACUGCUGUUACUGCCACUGGUACUGUUACUAUGAUUGGUGACAGCUGUGGUUUAGAGACCGCAGCAGUAGUGGAAGAGUCUUCUUGA